GAGACUCUCUCUACUAAAGCUAUAAGGAAAACAGAGGCUUCGAGUUCAUCAACAAUGGCAGAGACGAACGGCUCUCUGCAACAAAUCCAUCAAAAAAAUCCAACUCUUCAAUCUCUCUUCCAUGCCCUUGAUCCCAUAUCUCUGAUUCUCUCACAGAACUCAAACCCUUACGAACCAGUCCCUCUGAGACUCACCACAGAGUGUUACAUCAUGGAGAGGGGACCCAGAUACAAAGCAUACGCAGAAUUGAGAGAAUUAAAGUUUAGAAUGAAGAAUGCGAGGCCACAAGAAAAUUAUGAGGAAGAAUUCAAACAAAACCCACCGAAAAAACAGGUCAAGUUUCAGGGGAAUGUUAUCGGAAUUGGGCGAAAAGGGUCAUCCUCAAUUUUAGCACAAUCGGUGCCGGACUUCUCUGCCGUGAUAAGGAAAGAGAACCGGAAGCCGCUGUCCACAAUGACUGAACUGACGCCGCCACCGCCAUCCUCGAAGAAUUGGGCAAAAAUGGAUAGGACUUCGUCGAGUUCGAGAGGGAGUAAGUCGGCAAACGCAGGGGAAAAGAAACGUGGAAUGUUGAUGGCAAGGAAGAGCUACGCAAGUAUUGAGGAAUUGAAAGGGUCGUCGGCGGCAGUGGCAAAUGCCAUUAAUGGUGAAAACAGAGGCGGUGGAAGAGGAAUUGGCAAGACUGUUCUUGGCUCCAAACAAUUCCGAGUGUAGAAUUUGUUUGAUUCUUUUUUACUUCCUCUUCCACUGAUUGAAUUUGGGUUUUUAUGAUUCUUUUUCCCACUAGUUUUUUCUUUGCUUGAGAUUUGAGACAUGAUUUUUAUGGAUGUAAUCAUGUUCUAUAUAUGAUAUGAUACAUAUUAUUGUAU